GACAGCUGUGAUACUGACAGAGACCUGGGUCACCAGAGAACGAGAGAGAGAGAGAGAGAGAGAGAGAGAGAGAGAGAAAGGCAGACAGUUCACAGUUUACAAUUGGAGAGUAAUAGAUUCGAAUGAUACAACAAUGUAUUGGGAUCCGGCAGUGAUGGAUUGGAACAAUACAACACUGGAUUUGAAUCUAAGAACAAACAACUGGAAUGUGACAACAACAGAUUGGAAUGAAUUGGCAAUGUUUCAACAAGUCACAACAGUUGAUGGGAAUGGUAAAACAGUGGGACGGGGAUUCAUUGAGAUGUUGCAUUUGCAUUUUGCUACUUCAGUUCGGAAGCCACUGAGAUACCGCAUUCAAAUUGUUCUUCGGAUUAUCCAAUUUAUUUAUUAUCCGAUUCUCGGUAUCAUUGCAGUGCCUGCCACUGACUCUUCUGUCUGGUUCACCGUCACUUUCACCUUUGAUCGAUUUGUCGCCAUUUGUUGCCCAAAUCUGAGAAGUAGCUAUUGCAAUGUGAAAACAGCAGCUGUGGUUCUGGCAACUGUGACUGGAUUGAGCUGUUUGAAGAACAUUUUCUGGUAUUUUAUGCUUCGUAAUAAGUAUCAUGUCAGCAACAGAGCCUGGUUUUGUUGGGUGAAAAGGGAUGUGAAAUCUUCUCCAGUCUGGGCAGCAAUUGAGUUCUGUCAUUACAUACUAACACCAGGAGUUGCCUUGCUUCUCAUUCUGCUUCUCAAUUUUUUAAUGGUUGGACACAUUGCAGUGACCAGCAGAUCCCGCAGGAGAUUCCAUCAGCGGAGCAACAGAACGAGCAUCAAAGACCCAGAGAUGAAGAAUCGAAUGAAUUCCAUCAUUUUAUUGUUUCUUAUCUCAGGGAAUUUCAUUCUAUUAUGGUCAGUAUCAAUGGUGUAUUCCAUAUAUCGGAGAAUGUUUUUUUUGGGAUAUAAGUCUUUAUAUCUGCCUAGUUUUGCAAUGGACCUGGGCUACAUGUUGCAGAUGAUGAGUUGCUGCACAAACACUGUUAUUUAUGUCAUCGCACAUCCUAUGUUCAGACAGCAUUUGAGGAAUAUUGUGUACUAUCCCUUCACUCCAAUUGUCAAAUGUAUUAAACGUUGA